AACCCUGGAUUGCUGCUCUCACAGUGCGAGAAGGCACGAGGUGCGAGCCUUGCCCAGGGAAAGAAGAAGAAGAAGCUGAUGCCGCUGACGCUCACACCUUCCCACCUUCCUCUUCUCGCCACGGCAGUGCUUGUCCUCUUCCUCCUCCUCCUCCGUGGCCAACUCCCUGUGAAAUUGAAGAACCUGUCAUGACAUCACACAAAUUGGCUAUUAAGUGUGGGAACUAUGCGGUGCUGGUAGAUGUCCACAUUAUGCCUCAAGACUCCAAUAAAGACAAUGUUUGGUUUUCUGAUCAUAAGAAAGAGGAAAUCUUCAUGCUUCUCAAAGAAACUCUAGAUUCAAGAGUAGCACAAUACCUGAGCACUCAUAAACGACCUGGUCAGUCAAAGCAAGUGGAAUCCACCAAAGAAACUCCUUUGUUUUUGCAAGCUGAUGACUUUUACAUUGAAGCCUACUUUGUCAAAAGAUGGGUUAAUCUACGAUGCAUUUGGGGACAACAAAAUAGUGAGUUGCGUGUAUUUCCGGACCGAUUCGUGAUUUGUGUCACAAGGCUCGAAUCCAGUCCACUUCCUUGGAAGGAGACCCUUUCCUCUGGGACAUCUGAAUAUUUUGGAGAAUCAGCUGGAGAAGGAUUGUACAAGAUUUCCCUGACUCAACAAGAAAAACAAAAUAUUCUGAAAGAGAUAGUGAAGAGGACAAAAGCAACGAAAACUAAUGAGAGCCAACCUCAGCCCAGCAAGGACACCAUGAAAGUGUAUCUUGGCUCGCUGUGCUCAGACAGAAAGUAGGAAGACUGCAUUUCAAGCCCCUUCCGAUCCCAGGCCCGAAGCAAAAUGUGGGCGUAUGGCACAGCCAAAGGAUUGCAUAAAUACAGCUGAGAGCAGCUUGGGGCUUCCUGUUUCAGAAUGGGACACUGAUGUGAACUGGAGACAGCCGAGCAACGCUAGCAGCCAGCAAAAACUUCAUCUUGCGGCGUGGUUAGACACAGCUUCUAUGCCGGAGCCCUCAGUGGUGGUUGUGAGUCAGCACAGCCCCUUCCAAACCAGAGUCAAGGGGUGACUGAAACAGCAGAAAUGCUUUUUGGAGCAGGCAGGAGGAGUCAGCUCGUGUCUCUCAAGCCAAUCAGUCACUUCCCAGACAUGCAGCAGGGCUGGUUCUCUGGAGCCAUCUUUUGGAGAAAUCCCCACCAAAUCCCACAUUUGUUUUCUAAGUGAGGCUUGGCAGGAUCCAUGUCUGAUGGGAGAGUUGCUUACUUGAGUUAAAAAGCUUCCCCAGAGACUUGUUUUUAUGAGAAAUACUAGAGCUGUCGUGCAGACAAACCAAGCUAGCCGCAGUCACCAAAGAAUAACCCUUAAUGCUGCUUCCCCCCAUAUGCCAAGCUUGCAGAGGGAGACAUUUGAAAAGAUGAGGCAAAACUCCAAAAGCAGGAAAACAGAUCCCUAAACUCAAAGCUAUAAGAAUAAACUUGUACUGUUUUGUAUAAUUGUACAGAGGGCUGCUGAAAUCUUUGGUUCUAGAGAUAUGAAGGUCACUAUCUGUUACUUUUUCUUGGAAAAUGUCUGGUUCAAGUAUAUAUUAUUUUUAAUUAUGUUUAUACGAAUUCACCACAGACUUUGGUCUGCUUAGUUAUCCCAACCCACUUUUUAUUGUUUAUUGUAACAGAGAACAAAAAGGGAUUUAUGUCACUUUGCCCAUAAUUUUCUUCAGGUUUUAUCCCUGUUUUGUUGUCUUAACUUUUGGGAGGUGAAACACAUUCAGAAGAAAUAGAGUAAGUUUAGUAGAAUAUUUGUGCGCAACUAGGUUGGGAAGAAAAAGUGUGACAGAGAAUAUGAAAUCAAAUAAUAUUUGUGUCUUAAUUCAGUUUAAAUUGGCUUUGAGCUACAUAUCCAUUAUUGGUUUGUUAUGAGUGUUGUCAUUUACUUGACUCAUUUCCCCCUCCUUCCUCUGCAGCAAUAAAUGUUUAUGAGGAAAUAAAACUACAUAAGAAUUACUUUAAUGAGGCUAAGAACCCAAAUGGCCGCAAAAGUUGUCAUUGCAAUUGAUCAUGAGAAGAAUAUACUUGUUUUGUUUUCUUGUGCCAAUUCUUCCUUGUUCUUUCUAGAAAGAGCUCAUUUCACCAGAGUGUGUACAUGUGUGCACCUAUUGUAUUCCAAGAAAAUCCCUAUGAAAUUGGACAGUUAGAUCAAGGGUGACUGCUCCAAGGUUGUCCAAAGGACAAAGAAAAGUAAAAAUGUAUGGCCAGAAUUUCAAUAUCAGGUUUCAUUAUGCCUUCAUGGUUGUGUUUUGCUUUCAUUUGUCUGACAAUACUGGGCUUUGAUAUUGUUGCUGCAGUUAUUGAGAGAUCUUAAUUUGUUUUGAUCUGAUUUUGCAGUAUUAUUCUAAAUUUGAUUUUGUUUAAUCUGCCUUUGGUGUUUUCUGCAAAAUAAAUGUAAUAAACAUAUACAGUACAUAAUAAAAAUCAGCAGACACUUCCAGAGA